UAUCGAAUUUUUGGGAGUGUCUUGUUUUUAUGGUUAUAUCUUUAAAACUGAAAAUGUUAAAACUAUUUUUGUGUUUCAUAAUUGCUUUAACUGCAGUUGAAGCAAGUGGAGAUUUUUUGGUUCUUCAUAGUCCAAACAGUAUUUUAUUCAAUGGAAAUGAAGAAGUGGAACAAAGCUUACUUAAAGAAGUAUUAGCUGCUGCUUUGGGUUUUACUGUCAAACUGAGAGGAAUAUGGAAUGGCAUGUAUAUCACUGAUCCAUUUAGCCUUCCAGAAGCUGUUGUUGCAGUAGCAAUAGAAGGAGUAGAUUCUUUAGAUAUACCAAAAGGCAAAAGAUUUCCUUUAAAUGUUAAUGAAGUUGAAGAAACUACAUGGCAAGCUCUUAGAGAACGUCUUGAAGUGAGAGAUAAUGAUAAUACAUUAGUGAGAAUAUCUUUAGGCGAUGGUUUGGAUGCUUUAGGACAAUCUGCUCUUGGAGAACUAAAACCUACACCCAUUGAUGAAACAUCCUUAAGAGCACUAAGUUUAAGCAAAGAAGAAGAUAAAAAAUUUCUUGAAGAAGUGCAGUUACUCCAUGCUAUUGCUAAGAAAGCACCUUCAGCGAUUAAACCAGAUUCAAAGUCUGAUAUUUAUUGGCUUGUUGUAUCCGGAUUGAAGCCUGUUUUUGAUCUUUAUGGGAGCAAUUCAACUACUUCUAAGGAAGCGUUAUCAUUGCUGAAUAAUGGGUUAAAUGUUAUAUCGGAUGCAUUUACUCAAGCUUAUGAUGGUCAGGUAUUGAUUGUGGCCUUCACGAAUGAUGCAAGUAAAGUACAUCAUACCCGUUCAGUAACACUAGAAAGGCAAAAACGAGAUGCUUCAGAUGCGCAAGACGAUCAACGAGGUGAAAAGAAAAAUGUACAAGGCGAAGGAGAUGUAACUGUGGUAAUAAUAGAACCAGAAAAUAUUACUAACGAAUUGUUAAGUGAAAUAAUCAAUUCUACUGAGAAUAUUGAGUCGCCUUAUGAUAGUGGAUUCAGUGAUCAUGAUCAGAAUUUGACUAAUACGGAACAUAUAAUAAAUUCCAACACACAAAGUAUAGGACAGAUCCAAAUCUACUCAAUUGGCAAAAAAUAUUCGGAGAAUUAUCCUGUCAUCUUUAAUAUUUUCUUAUGGUUUGGAAUUGUUUUUGUCUUUUCCCUUCUUGCUAUUUGCAGUAUGUAA